AUGGGUGAUAAUCAUGUUUUGUUAAUCAAAGAAGGAGAAACAAGAAUAGAAAAGAAUUAUGAAGAUUGCUACGAAGAGUUGAGAAGGAAGGGAUUAACUGAGCGGGCUGGAUUCGAUGUCGUGACGUAUAGGGGCGAAGAAGACCGUUCUCGCAGUGCUCGUCUCGCAGAGCAGCGCUCUCAUCAGCGCGAGAGUUCUUGUCAGCUGCUGCGUUGGCCAGCCUUCCAUGCAUGUCACUCACCCCUCACCCAGCCCGAACCACCCGUUCCUGGGCACUGCGACUUCAGCUGCAACUCGUUCAAUCAAACCAGCCACAAGUACCGCUUCAACGCCGGCGACGACGAUUAUGUCCGACGAUGA